AUGUGUGGAGUACUACAGGUGUGCACAGUGCUGCUGCUGGCGGUGAGUUCGGCGCUGGGGGCCGACCUGGCCUGGCAGCGCAUCAGUCUGGAGCAGCGGCAGACGACGCUGCUGCCAGGCUUGGCCGACCAUCCGGCACUGGGCCGACUCGACCUGCGCUUCUGCGGCAGCGGCUCCGAGUCACAGCUCAGUCGCGGCCCACUCGGCUGUGGCUUCCCCGUCGUGGGUGACCAUCCGUGGCUGGUGGCGCUCGGCUUCACAGGACCCGACGGCCGCGUCGUCUUCUCGUGCUCGGGCGCGCUCAUCAGCGACCAGCACGUGGUCACGUCGGCCCGCUGCGCGCUCGGUACCCGUGGCUACAUGCUCAGCACGGUCAGAUUGGGCGAGUACGACUUUAGCAGCCGGCGAGACUGUCUCUGGUACGACCCGACCGUGUGCACCGAGGCCACGGACGUGGCUGUCCACUCGCUCACCGUGCACCCCGACUUUGUCAAGCACGGCGGCGACCCGAGCCGCUUCGACAUGGCCCUGGUGCAGCUGUCGAAGCCGGUGACGCUGGGUCACGGCGUGCAGCCCAUCUGUCUGCCUAUGUUCCCACUGCGCCACCAGCCGCAUCGUCUGUAUUCGCUGACGAUGGGCCUGCACAGCGGGCCGCAGCCGGAGCGGAGCACCACCACACACGUGAUGGACGAAGAGAGGCUAGCGUUGUUCAACACCAGCUACGAUGGCCCGGGGCCGUGCCAGUACCGGCUGCUGUCGGAGGCAGACGGCGAGCCAAACCGCUGUCUAGGCUCUGGCACGCCGUGCGUGGCCGACCUGGGCGCGCCCCUGGUGGCCCCCGACCAGUUCGGCUCGGCCUACUUCCUGAUGGGUGUGGCCAGCAUGCGACCAGCACAGAGGGAGUGCCACCGACCGGGCGUGUCGGUGUCGUACGCGCCCGUGCGGCCGCACGUCAGCUGGAUCCUGGACAGCCUGGCCCUGCUGGCCUCUAUUUGA